AUGGGUUUCGUCGAUUUUAAGAAUUACCGGGUCUAUAUCCUGACCUCGGUGGCCUAUAUGGGCUCACUGCUGUUCGGUUAUGACACGGGUGUUAUGGGCUCUGUCCUGGCUCUUUCGAGUUUCAAAAAGGACUUCGGCCUCCCCGUUGAUUCAUCCGGGUUCAGCGACGACAAGAAUGCCCAGAUCUCCUCCAAUGUGGUAUCGCUACUCACAGCUGGCUGUUUCUUUGGCUCCAUAUUCGCUGCUUAUAUCAAUGACCGACUGGGCCGUCGAUACUCGCUGAUGAUUUUCUGCAUGGUCUUCCUGGUCGGAGCGGCGAUCCAGGUCGGCGCCCAUCAUGAGAUUGGCAUGAUCUACGGCGGUCGUGUCAUUGCCGGUCUGGGAAUCGGUGGCAUGUCGAGUAUCACUCCGGUUUUUGUCAGUGAGAACUGUCCCCCGGCUAUCCGUGGUCGUGUGGCGGGUCUUUUCCAGGAGUUCCUGGUCAUCGGUAGUACCUUCGCCUACUGGCUGGACUAUGGUGUUUCUCUUCAUGUUCCUGAGGGUACAAGCCAAUGGCGCAUUCCUGUGGCCAUUCAGCUUGUCCCUGGUGGUCUGAUGUUCAUUGGGUUGUUCUUCCUCAAGGAGUCUCCCCGUUGGCUGAUGAAGAAGGGCCGCAGUGAGGAGGCACUUAACUCCCUCGCUUAUAUUCGAAAUGAAUCUGAGACCAGCGAGGAGGUUGUCAAGGAGUUUGCUGAAAUCACCGCUGCUAUCCAGGAGGAAAAUGUUGCUACUGAGGGCAUGACCUGGAAGGAAUGCCUAAAGCCGACCAACCGAUACCGUUUCUUCCUGGCCUUUGUUCUUAUGUUCUGGCAGCAGUUCUCUGGAACCAACAGUAUUGGUUACUACGCCCCUCAAAUCUUUGCCAGUGUUGGACUGAGCAAGACCAACUCCUCCCUGUUCGCCACCGGUAUCUAUGGAACAGUCAAGGUGGUCGCAACGGCUAUCUUCCUGAUCAUCGGUAUCGAUCGCUGGGGCCGAAAGAAGAGUUUGAUCGGUGGUGCUGCUUGGAUGUCCAGCAUGAUGUUCAUCAUUGGUGCUGUCCUGGCCACUCACCCCCUAAUGCGAAGGCUACUUCAGUCUCAUCCGCCAUCUUGGGGCCCAACUCCUUGGGUGUAUCUUGGAGAGAUCUUCCCAACUCGUCUCCGUGCCUAUGGUGUCGGCUUCGGUGCAGCCACCCAAUGGCUGUUCAACUUCGUCAUUACCGAGGUGACUCCUCGCGCCAUCAACAAGAUUGGCUGGAGAACUUUCCUCAUGUUCGGCAUCUUCUGUUUCGCCAUGGGCAUCUUUGUGAUUGUAUUCUUCAAAGAGACCAAGGGCCGCACCCUCGAGGAGAUGGAUCUCAUCUUCGGUGCUGUUGAUGAGCAGCAAAGACGUGCUGAUGUCGAACACACUUUGCAGAAGACUCAGAUCAUGCACGAAGAGAACGCAGAGGCUAGGACUACUACGGAACGCAGGGAUUGA